GACACAAUCGCAUCACGUCGUACUACAGAACAUUCAGAGGAUAUCACUUUGUCUCAUCUACUAGAAACCGGAAAUAAAGUAUCUUAUCUCCCCCCGUCCCAACAUGAAGCAUUUCGAAUAACGUGUACAAUGCUAUCGAAAGACCAAAUUCGACUUAUAUCUCUCCACCCCGCUUCUGCCGAUGUAGCUGCAACAGCGCCUAUCGAAUGCGACAUCGAGAUAGUUGAAUUAUCUGCUAAACCAGAAUACGAAGCAGUAACGUAUGUCUGGGGAACCGAGAGCGCAUCCGCGUCUGUCGAACUUGCCGGUCGGACCGUUCCCAUCUCUCCAACUCUGCACAAUGCUCUCCUCCGGUUCCGACGGCCCGACCGCAAAAGAACACUCUGGAUCGAUCAAUUAUGCAUUAAACAGGACGACUUAGACGAGAAGAUGCAGCAAGUCCGCCUAAUGCGCACCAUCUAUUCGUCUUGUACCCAGUGCGUGGUCUGGAUGGGCGAGAUGCGGCAAAAUCUGACACUUGCCGAUGCAGACGCCGCCUUCCAAUUUCUCCGAUGUAUGGGCGAAGUGGCCCAGACAGGAAACCAGAAUAUCGAUCUACCCGCGGUCAUCCGCGACAACAUGGACGGUAUGAACAGGGCUCUCAUGAGUGUGGGAAGCCAAGAAAACCAGUGGUGGAACCGCGUGUGGACCGUUCAAGAAGCAUGUUUACCAAAACACCGCACCAUUCAAUGGGGUCCCCUGACACUUCCCUGGACCAUCCUCGACGCCGCCUCAUGGACUUGGACAAGUACGGUAUGGGGGCACGACACGCUCCCCCGCGAGACGUUUGAGGCGCUGGGCCACAUCAUGGUACACACCAUCUGGCUCCGCCAUUCGAGAGAAGGCUCCGACAGCAUCUUCCACGAGAUCCACAAGUGGCGCUUCCGGCAAGCCAAGAAUUCUCUCGAUAAGGUGUACGGGCUCCUCGGCAUCUGCGAACCUGGCCGCUUGCCGUUGACCGAACGGUGCGACUACAGCGUCUCGCCUGCGCACAUGUUCGCGACCCUGACCCGCGAGAUGAUCCUGGAUCAUGGGGGACUACAGCCUUUGACGCCAUAUCCGCGGCAGGACCGCUCUGUCACCACUCCUGACAAUCCGUCGUGGGCCGUCGACCUUCGAUCCACGGCACUAAAAGAUGCGCCCGAUAUGUAUUACCAAAUCCAUGGCUACUACUUCUACGACGCCAAUAAGCACUUGGGCGCCAUCGACUUGGACCGCAUCCGCUCCGAAAUGGGGCAAGAUGUGUUGACGUUGGAUGGCGUUUGCGUUGGCACCAUCGAACGCGUGGAGCCAGGGUACCGACCUUCUCGUAACCGGGAGGACAAUUUCCCAAACACAGAAGCCCUUCUUCCGGCGUGGUAUCGCACCGCCAUGCUAGUCGAAGGACGUCGCGAGUUGUCAGAAUCCACCAUGUAUCCCGGUGGUGGUGGCAGAUAUACCCGCAAGGAAGCGUUUUUGAGGCUGGUGCUGGGCGAUGUGAUGCGCAACAGAGAGCAAGAUUUCGAGCGAGACGUUUCGGGCCCAGACCUGGACGAUGUGGAGAAGAUGAUGGAGCAAAAGGGUGCGCAUGUCCCGUAUGAGACGAGGUUUACUGCAUAUGGGAUGAUGGCUAAUCAGAAUCUGUUUAUGACGAGCAAUGGCUUGAUGGGGAUUGGGCAUAUAGAUGUACGAGCCGGCGACGAGGUGUGGAUCUUUAAAGGCGGAAAGGUGCCGUUCGCUAUCCGACCUCAGGCUGUGGAGGCAGGAUCAGGCUACAGUUUUCUGGGUCAUUGCUAUGUACAGGGCGUGAUGAGGGGUGAAGUAGGCGCGGGGAUUGUCCCUAAGGUUGACCUUGUCGAGAGAACAGUGUGUUUGUGGUAGCAAAUUUCCCUGUUGUUUAUCAGGAUGCUUGGCUUAGGUUCCUCAUUACAUUUCACUAUGAUAAGCGCCUUACCACUGCUUGACGUAACAAUUCCCUGCGUACUACUGUUUCUACUACACUACUACUCAUGUGGCCGUACGUCCUAAACCGACUGAAAUACCACUGUUUCUGCCUGAACAUGCCACCAUCUACUAGUUAUUAUAGCCCUCCAGCGCUCAGCGACGGAACAUGAGACAUAUCAAGUUAUUAGGCUUAUUCUAAAAGCUCUAUAUUCUUAAUACAUCCGUGCAACUAACCUAUUCAAAGUCUUUGCUUAAUCGCGUUGACAGUGCAGGAGGAUCUUCACCCUUAACAGCACCACCCUCUCAGUUUCCACUUGGUAUGCAUCUUUUGCUUCCCUUUAGUGAACUCAAUAUAGCAUUAAUAGCAAUGUUAGUAGCUUGUGAAGCAGUU